CCGUGCCGUAGCAGAUGCAAAGACUUUAGAGCAUCCACAAUACAGACGGACAUCUCGAGUGUUACCAACAUCAGUCGCUGUUCAAUUAUACCAAGAUGCCAAGCAGCAAAGGCAAACCCACCGACCCCGAGCUCCGCGAGCAGCUCAAAGAAGAGAUCAAACAAGAACCGAACAAUUCGGGCGACGGCGUGGGCCAAUGGUCGGCAUGGAAGGGUAUGAAGCUUGCCAAAGAGUACGAGGCACAAGGAGGAGACUGUGAGAACGAGGCGGGCAGCAAGAACGAACCAAAGAAGGGGAAACCAAAGGCCAAGAGUGCAGAGACGAAGCGAGAGGAAGAGCCUUCUGAAGAGGAGUGAUACCUUUUCACUGAUGUUUGGGUUUGACAGAAGUGGUGAAGCCCGGCAGAAACAGAAAUAAAGCCCAAAAC